CCCAGACUGCAGUGUAUACAGUGCAGGUACGACUCGCAUGCCUGCAGCAGCCAGUGCAGUGUAAUGCCCACGGGCUGCAGGGUGGGCAGUGCAGAAGCUGGCAGAUAAUCUGAGUGCUGAGAAUGGCCUUGGCUGGACUUCGCGUUUUGGAGCUAGCUGGCCUGGCGCCCGCUCCCUUCUGCGGAAUGAUACUGUCGGAUUUUGGCGCCCAGGUGAUUAGAGUCGAUAAAGCCAACACUUCGGCCACAAUAGAUACUAUGGGGAGAGGCAAGAAAUCUAUUGCCCUAAACUUGAAGAGUCCCGAAGGAGUUGGCGUAUUGAAGAAGCUUUGCAAGACGUCUGAUGUCCUUAUUGAACCCUUCCGCCAUGGAGUGAUGGAGAGCUUGGGGCUGGGACCCGAGGUCAUACUUAAAGAGAAUCCCCGUCUUAUUUACGCAAGACUAACCGGAUUUGGCCAAUCUGGAAAAUAUGCUAGAUCGGCGGGUCAUGACAUCAAUUAUGUCUCUAUAUCAGGUCUGCUGUCAAAACUUGGAAAAAACCACGAGAACCCCACGCCACCUCUCAACCUUCUCGCUGAUUUUGCUGGUGGCAGUGUUAUAUGUGCCCUGGGGAUUGUAAUGUCUCUCUUUGAACGCACCAAAUCAGGAAAAGGCCAAGUCGUUGAUGCAAGCAUGGUGGAAGGCGCAGCAUAUCUUGGGUCUUUUGUGUGGAAGUCUCAGCAGUUAGGUCUGUGGGACAGACCGAGAGGUGAAAACAUGCUGGAUGGUGGUGCUCCUUUUUAUAGCACCUACAAGACCUUGGAUGGGAAGUACAUGGCAGUGGGUGCUAUUGAACCUCAGUUCUACAUGGAACUAUUGAAGGGACUCAGUCUUGACAUUUCAGAUCUUCCAACCCAGAUGAGCGUCUCAGACUGGCCCGAGUUGAGAAGAAUACUUACUGAAAAGUUCCUAGAGAAAACGCAGGAGGAAUGGUGCCAGAUUUUUGACGGGACCGACGCGUGUGUGACUCCCGUUCUCUCCUUUAAUGAAGCGGCAGCUCACCCGCACAAUAAGGAAAGAGGGUCUUUCAUCUCUAAUGAUCAAGGAGACAUAAGCCCCAGGCCCGCUCCCGUGCUCUCAAGAACACCCGCCGCUCCGAUCACCAGCAGGGACCCUUUUGUAGGAGAACAUACUCAUGAGGUGCUGGAAAAAUAUGGCUUCAGCAAAAAUGAUAUUUCUGAUCUCGAGAAGUCCGGAGUAAUUGCAUGUAAAAAGCCUAAAGCUCAAUUGUAAUGUACAAUAAUAGGAGAACUGUUUGAUUUUAAACUGUAAUUGUUAUAUAGUUAAUUAUUUUAAUUUUUUUCUUAUAUAUGGUUCUUUUUUUUCUCUACUUCACUGUUCAACAUUAUCUGGCAUUAAAUAUAAAAUGUAUAUAAUAAAUAUUUUUCAUAAAGACUGAA